AUGUAUGACUUCAACGAUGAGGAAGACGAUGCAUUCAACACAUUUUUCGCAGAAACUGCUGGAGGAAAGCAUGUUCCAAGAUGCUUAUUCGUAGAUCUUGAACCGACUGUUGUGGAUGAGGUACGCACUGGAACAUAUCGAGAACUGUUUCACCCCGAGCAACUUCUCUCGGGUAAAGAAGAUGCUGCAAAUUGCUAUGCAAGAGGGCGAUAUACUGUAGGAAGGGAAAUGAUCGACGUGGUUAUGGAUCGGGUUAGGCGUCUUACAGAAAGCUGCAAAGGAUUACAAGGUAAAACCAAUUAUUUGAUUUAUUGUCACGAUUAG